UUCCGAUAGACGUCGAUAGACCGACAUCUUGUAUUGUGUAACUUUGAAGUUAAAGAAAGUGAAUUUUUACCAACAUGUUCAAUAAAGGUGAAACAGUUUUGUGCAAGCACGGAAAUUUGAUAUACAAAGCGAAAGUUUUGCAAUGUUCAAAAAAUAGAGCUGGACAAGAUGUAUAUUAUGUGCAUUACGUCGAUUGGAAUAAGAAUUGGGAUGAAUGGGUCAACGGAGAUCGUAUUCUUAAAUACAAUGAAGCCAACCUUAAACGGCAAAAAGAAGCAGGCGAGCAGUACUAUGCAACAUUAACAAGCGGUACGAAAAAGAGGAAACAAAAAGGAAUGAAAAGAUCUGGUAACAUUAAUGCUUCAUCUAAAAAAGAACAUGGUGAUGUUUUCGGUGAUGACAUACCAUCUACUUCACGCGGUUGUAGCAAUGCUAAAAAUGAAAGUGGAUUGGUAAAUAGUGAAUUUGAGAAAGAUGAUCUUAAAUAUGACGCGGUUACAAAAUUAUAUGACGUUGGUAUUGAAAAAGAGGUACCAGAGUGACGAAGAGGGUUUAGAAGAGGAAAAAGAAAGAAAUGUUGAAUCGGCUUUAUCCAACACUAUACCUGAAACUGUAGAAGAUAGU